UGCAGUUCAUUGCUGUGAAGUGUUUUUAAUUAUAUUCUGCUGUGAUUUUUUUUAUUAAGAUGUCCUACAAAGUGAAAUACCCUCCUCUCCUGCCAGUGCGCACACCACUGCCUCAGCCGUGCCAUAAAGUGUGUGACGUAGUCUACACCUCCAGUAUGAAAGGGCAAACUCUGCUCAGUCGGACAGACUAUGAACCGCUGUGUGGCUCACCUCAUGACAGUGACCCGUCUCUGAAAGAUCACCCGUUGCUGCAAGGUGUGGAAGAAACCGUUGGGAUGGAGAGGCUGCUGAAGAAAUGUCAGAUCAAAAACCAACUGAUGAGGGAGUGCAUGGCCGAAUGCCUCGGAGUCUAUGUCCUGAUUCUGUUUGGAUGUGGCGCCGUUGCCCAGGUUACCACAUCAGAAGAUAAGAAGGGGCAGUUUCUGUCAAUCAAUCUGGGUUUUGCUCUGGGGGUAACAUUCGGGGUCUUUGUGUCUCGUGGAGUCUCAGGUGCCCAUCUGAACCCUGCUGUAUCUCUGAGCUUGUGCAUUUUGGGCAGACAUCCCUGGAUAAAGCUGCCGUUCUACAUCUUCUUCCAAAUAUUCGGAGCCUUUCUGGCUGCAGCCACCGUUGGCCUGCAGUACUACGAUGCCAUUCAGGCAUUCGGUGGAGGUGAACUGACAGUGACGGGUCCCACUGCCACAGCAGGCAUAUUCGCCACCUACCCAGCUGACUACCUCAGUGUGUGGGGAGGAAUCAUGGACCAGGUUAUAGGCACGGCUGCACUGCUGCUGUGUGUCCUGGCCAUUGGAGACCAGAGGAACGGCUCUCUCCCUGACGGUCUCCAGCCUGUACUAGUGGGAGCAGCAGUGCUGAUUAUUGGCAUCUCAAUGGGCUCCAACAGCGGCUAUGCCAUCAACCCUGCCAGGGAUUUUGGACCUAGACUGUUCACGUUCAUCGCCGGCUGGGGAGUGGAUGUUUUCAAGGCUGGAGGUGGUUGGUGGUGGGUGCCCAUAGUGGCUCCCUGUGUUGGGGCGCUGUUGGGAACACUGAUCUAUGAGCUGAUGAUUGAAGUCCACCAUCCUCUCAGUCCGUCUGAGCUCCAGACCUCAUGUCAGGAGGCCACUGAGGGCAAGACAGAGCUGGAGCUGGAACCAGACUGUGAAAAAGCCACUUAGUGGUAAAAUCAAGCCACAGUAAAGAGGUGUCAUGUAUAUAGCAAAUACUAUUUAUCGAGCACUGCCUAUUGAAGCUGUCUUUGUAAAUGUCUGUGACUGAUUCACUGGAACAAAUGGAGAACUUGACUUGUAGCAUUAUUUCACAUGCAAGCACAACCUAAUCUAGUUUCCACUGAGUUGUUUGAAAACUAUUGAAUAAAGAGCUAUA